CUUUAUUGGACAUAUAAUCCUGCAAGUGGCAAAAAUAAUUUGUACGCUGCGAUGGCCCAAACAUGUCAGCUAAAAGCCUUGCUUCAGGUUACUGCGGCUAAGAUGGAUAUUGAAGAUGAACUUCUUGAGCACUAUCUGAAUCGGGUUGUGAAAGUAGUAUGUUCGUCUGACUUGUCAAAAGCACUCACAGAAGAAUUCAUAUUAUCUGUCAAAUGCUUAAUUAACAUUUGUUCAGCUGUUCAAGGAACACGUCUUUUAUUGACUGUGCUGUCAACUCAAGAAAAGCGUGAAGAGUUCACUCGGAUCCUUACUACCCUCUCUUUGGAUAAUUCUAGAAGUCAUGCUGAUUUAGCGUCUCUAAUUAUUGACUUGAUUUCAAAUUUGACUAGAGAUCCUGUUUGGUUGGGUCAUUUCGGUGAACAUUUUGAUAACAAACAUAUUAGAUCGAUCCUCAGCUCAGGUUCUUCUAUCCAGAAGUUUCUCCCAAUAGUACUUAACCUAAGUAGGUUAACAUCAGUACGCCACUCCAUAUGCUCAUCAGAACUAUUACGAAAGCUGAUCGGUUUAUUUUCAAAUAUGUGUUCCGUCCCUAUCAAAAUUCUAAUAGCUGGCAUAAUAAAAAACUGCUCAUUUGAAGAUGAGCUUCAUAGUGAACUUUUCAACAGGGGCGUUGGUUUGCUCGAUGCACUUUUAGUUCCACUUUGUGGUCCAGAAGAUUGUAUUGACAAAGAAGACCGUGCUAUAUUGCCUAAAUCUGUUCAGACUACAACUGGGAGCUCCCAAUUUUCUCGUUUGUUUUCCACUGAGUUGUAUCUUACUAUUUGCCAAACAUUUUUGCAAUUCUGCUCCACCAGUCACGGACGAACAUUUCUUCGGUCCAAUGGAGUUUAUUUUAUUUUGCGUGAGUUACACAAUUAUAUAGCAAAAGCCGAAGAACAAACACAAUGUCCUAAAACUGAUGAAGCAGUUACAAACAAGGAAUUAUUAUUUUGCAUCGAACAAGUAGUAGAUCAACUCAUUUGUGAGGAAAGUGAACGUGAUGAGCGCUGUGCAAAAUCCAGUCUUAGAGAAAUAAAUAUUGACGCAGAAACUAAAGAGAAACUUGAUAGAGUGAAAAAAGACUAUUUGGAAUGCAAGUAAUGUCUGAUAUCUUUAGUGUAUUUCAUUUUGGCUUUGUAAAUGCUCAGUACUCCAGUUGCUGUUUCUACUCUUUUAUUUUUCUAUACCCCAUUAAAUUCUAAUUAACACUUACGACGAUGAAUUUCAGUUGUUUAACGUUAAACCUGUGUAACAACCUUCGUUGAUAGCAAUCAUCCUUUCUUAUCACUAAGUGAAAUAUUAAACCUUAUCUGCGAACGCCUUGUAGACACUCCUCUGUAAAAAACAUCGAAUUCUAACGUUCUUUAUAAUCUGAAUAUAUUCGACAGUGUUUUCAAUUGUGAGCUAAUUUUCCGUCAGUAGGUUUUAAAGAGAUCCAACGUAUGGAAUAAAAUAAAUGGAAAAGUAUCAGGAAACUUGAUAAUCUAUACAGCUUAAGCGCGAACUCAAUUGAGACUUUUUUUCAGUUUCAUUCCAGACUUUGCUCAGUUUCAAAGUGUAUCAUUCUGUUUUAAAGCGUACAUAAAUGUAUUUAUUUUAGCAGACAUCUGGAACUAUGGUAGAAAUAUAAAGGCCAACUAUAAACAUUGAUUAUUCAGUACAGUUUCAGAAUGAUCAUUCAAAUGGUAGUAUUCAAUUUGCUAUAUUGGUCGCACAAAGCGAGCCCUUUCGAAACGCAUCUCCGAACAUCAUCACUCUACCUGGCUUUGCAAAGGAUUACAGAAGUCAGUCAAAAGCUCGAUCUUGGAGCAUCUAGUCUAUCCCGGUCGCUCCGCUUCUCGAGAAUUAUACAUGGAAAAGUUGGCUCGAUAAAAAUGCAGAUAGACAACUUGUGUACGGCAGAUUCUAUUGUUAUUCACCAAUUUAAGCCUAACCUUUUCCUACAAAAACAAUAUGUUCAGUCCCUCACCUUUAACCUCCCUAUCUAUCUUCUAUGAUCUGUUUUUCUCUUUAUUUCAUUGUUCCUACUCCUUUCCAAUUAUUUUCAGAACUAAUUAGUAACUACUACAACCUUUUAAUUAUUCUGUUCUUAAUAACUAUCAGUUGGGCAAUCAUUUCACUUUUUCACUAGCCGAUUGUUACAACCUCUCUUCGAUAUCUGAUUUCCAAGUCUUAACAUAUCACUCCAAGUUUUUUAAUUAAUUAGCACCUUUCUACCUUACCAUAAAACACUAUUUUAGCAAAUAAGAAUGUAUCUUUUUUCCAAAUCAGUAGUGUGUCAAAUAUCUAGGUUACUUGUCCCUCCAUGCUUGUUAAGUGUCUUUUUUGUGCAAAUGAAGGAACACAGUAGGCAAUGAAUUUUAAGUUCAAUUAGUUAUAGUCAGUUAUACACCCGUUUCCAUAUAAGCCUUGCCAAGCUUUCCAAUACUGUUUAAAUGUUUAUCUGAUGGUGAAUUACUUCGUCGUUGUAAUUUAAGUCUGAAAAUGUACUCAACUUAUGACCUGCUACUGCACAUGGCAAUUUUGUACAAGAAUCAGGAUACUAAUAGCUCUUCUCAUGGAAACAGACUGAAGAUCUCAAUUUACUUGUACAUAUAUCACACUAGACAAGCG